AUGGAGAGUGUUCCGCUCCUUGAUAAGAUUUGGAGAGGAGAAUUUGUUGUUUUGUAUGGUGCACGUGCUUCUGGAAAAUCCACACGUAUGAUGCAGGUUAUGGCACAGUUGACACGCGAAGGCUUUAUUUGUAUUUACGUAACUCUCGAGCUAAUUAACAUAAAAUCCGUAGAAUCAUUCUGGAUAUCACUCGGCCUUUCUUUCGAAACUAGUAUCAAAUCCUUCGCUAAAUUUUUUGGGAAAAACAAUUGUGAAAAAAAGGUGGUUCUCUUUGUCGAUGAGUACGAUCGAUUGUACGAUGCAGAUGAUGACAUUAGAGCCUCGUUCCUUGGGGCCAUCCAUGACAUUAAAAAUGCAAAAGAUGAUUAUUCUCUCUGGUCUUGUGUGGCCAUCGGUCCCUUCAGUAUCUUACAUCUGAGUUCAAACAGGAAGACUUUGCAGAUGACUAUCACUAUUGAUCCGGCAAUCGUUGAAGACAUUUACACACGGACAAAUGGGCAUGUCGGCCUUGUAUGCCUUUGCGGAAAAGAGAUUCAUGUAUACUUAAUAAGGAAACUUGACGGAAGAAGAAGGCUUGACUUCUUAACCUGGUUGGACUACACCAUUAAUUCAUUGCAAGAAGCGGUGCUUGAUUACCCCACCUUCAGACAGAUGGUCCAUACGCUUACCAAGGAUAAAGCUAGGCAAGCUAUGCAACUUGUUCGAUCUGCAUUCGUAGGAUUCUUUGAUUUAGUGCAGAUCGUUAAUAAUGAAGAAAGAAAUUUAGCGGAAUUCUUAACAACGGAGGGUGUGCUAAUUAGGGAUGAAGAGACCAAAGAUGGAUUCAAAAUGUCAUCUGUUCUCGUAGAUGAGCUGGUUCGACGAAAAGUCAUUCCUGAAUUAUUCAAGUCUAUCCCCAACAGUUGCAUUUCCUAA